CGGCGGCGGCGACGGCCAGGCUGGCGGGUGGCCCUUGUCGUGGAGACGGCGGGUGGGUUGGAGCUCCUGACUGCUCCUCGAUCGGUCUCUGGGCCCAGCGGCCACCAAUCUUUUUUCUACUACUCCCGUGAGGGAUUGUCAACCGGUGUCGACCGGACCAGGGGAACGGCUACCCGGUGUGGCGGGUCCCUCCCCCACCCCGUUUGUUUACGUCCCGGGGCCAACCCGCAAGCCCCGCGCUCUUUUGUGUGUCUGCUGCGUGAAAGUGACUGCGGAGCUGGAUCUGUCCCCCUUUUUUGCGCCCGGGGACUUCCCCGGGAAGGGGUUGUGGGGGAAGCUUUGGAAGGGGAAAACUUGGCUUGCGGGGGGACACCAGUGGGUCGCGCAGAGUGUGGGAUCGGCCCCGGAGAAGGGAGAAGGUGCAGGAGGAAGGCUGCAACUUUCCACCGAGCGCAGGCCGCUGCGUGACCCGGUCUCGGGGCGCUUUUCCUCCCGGGUCACCGAUCGGUGCAGACAGACUUAGCUGCGCGUCUCAGGGACUUCCAGGGCUCCCCCCUCGGGGAUCGGUCGCUUUCAUCACUCCAGCCCCUCACUCUCUUUCGCGAAGGGGUGUGUUCUGUCCUCUUUGCAAAAGGGCCCCGGGAACUAUGGAGCGCGCCUCAGGUCCGCUCCAAGCUGCCUUCUCCAACCCGGUUCUUGAAAGCAAAGCCCCGGGGGCCCCGCUGGACUGUAAGGAGACUGAUUGUGGUUCCCCAUCGCCUCGAGGGGAUGGUAUUGGGGCUUCCCAAUCCGCGGCGGAGCUGCCUGCGUGUCCAGAGGAUGCUAUUCCGCCUGCCACUCCUCAUCGGAACCAGCUGCUCGCCCUCGGGGUCCUCCCUGCUAGUGCUAGCCCCGCGUUCACGGCGCCUGGACAGCCCCGGGAUUCUGCCAGGUGGAUGUUGUGCGUAGCCGGAGCCAAGUUGAAGAGAGAACUUGAUGCCACCGCAACAGUAUUGGCAAACAGGCAAGAUGAGAGCGAACAGUCCAGAAAGCGGCUCAUUGAGCAGAGCCGAGAAUUCAAGAAGAACACUCCAGAGGAUUUACGCAAGCAGGUAGCACCACUGCUCAAGAGCUUCCAAGGGGAGAUUGAUGCACUGAGUAAAAGGAGCAAAGAAGCAGAAGCAGCCUUCUUGACUGUGUACAAGAGACUAAUUGAUGUUCCAGAUCCCGUACCAGCCCUGGACCUCGGGCAACAGCUGGAAAUAAAAGUGCAGCGUCUACACGACAUUGAAACAGAGAACCAGAAACUUAGGGAAACACUAGAAGAGUACAACAAGGAGUUUGCUGAAGUGAAAAACCAAGAGGUUACGAUAAAAGCACUUAAGGAGAAAAUCCGAGAAUACGAGCAGACCCUGAAGAGUCAGGCCGAGACCAUCGCUCUGGAGAAGGAGCAGAAGCUACAAAAUGAUUUUGCAGAGAAGGAGAGAAAGCUGCAAGAGACACAGAUGUCCACCACCUCAAAGCUGGAGGAAGCUGAGCACAAACUCCAGACUCUGCAAACAGCCCUGGAAAAAACUCGAACAGAAUUAUUUGACCUGAAAACCAAAUACGAUGAAGAAACCACUGCAAAGGCCGACGAGAUCGAGAUGAUUAUGACUGACCUUGAACGAGCCAACCAGAGGGCAGAGGUGGCACAGAGAGAGGCAGAGACUUUAAGGGAACAGCUUUCAUCGGCCAACCACUCUCUCCAACUGGCCUCGCAGAUCCAGAAGGCUCCAGAUGUGGAGCAGGCCAUAGAGGUGCUGACCCGAUCCAGCCUGGAAGUAGAGUUGGCUGCCAAAGAGCGGGAGAUUGCCCAGCUGGUGGAAGAUGUGCAGCGACUCCAGGCCAGCCUCACCAAGCUGCGUGAGAAUUCCGCCAGCCAGAUCUCACAGCUGGAGCAGCAGCUGAACGCCAAGAAUAGCACACUCAAACAACUGGAAGAAAAACUCAAAGGCCAGGCUGACUAUGAAGAUGUGAAGAAAGAGUUGACCACUCUGAAGUCCAUGGAGUUUGCACCAUCGGAGGGAGCAGGGACACAGGACUCAACCAAGCCCCUGGAGGUUUUACUCCUGGAGAAGAACCGCUCGCUGCAGUCCGAGAAUGCCACGCUGCGCAUCUCCAACAGUGACCUGAGCGGGUCAGCCAGGAGAAAAGGGAGAGACCAGCCUGAGAGUCGGCGCCCGGGACCCUUGCCGGCCUCCCCUCCUCCUCAGUUGCCCCGCAACACGGGGGAACAGGUUUCCAAUACUAACGGUACACACCACUUCUCACCAGCGGGGUUAAGUCAAGACUUUUUCAGCUCAAACCUGGCCAGCCCCAGCCUACCCCUGGCUUCUACAGGAAAGUUUGCACUAAACUCUCUUCUCCAGCGACAGCUAAUGCAGUCCUUCUACUCCAAGGCCAUGCAGGAAGCCGGAAGCACAAGCACCAUUUUUUCAACAGGUCCUUACAGCACAAACUCCAUAUCUUCCCCAAGUCCAUUACAACAAAGCCCAGAUGUAAAUGGCAUGGCCCCAUCUCCCAGCCAAUCAGAAAGUGCUGGGAGCAUCUCAGAGGGUGAGGAAAUUGAUACAGCAGAAAUCGCCCGGCAGGUCAAAGAGCAACUGAUCAAGCACAACAUUGGACAGCGCAUUUUUGGACAUUACGUCUUGGGACUAUCUCAAGGGUCUGUGAGUGAGAUUCUGGCCCGGCCGAAGCCCUGGAAUAAGCUGACUGUCCGUGGCAAGGAGCCAUUCCACAAAAUGAAGCAGUUCUUGUCUGAUGAGCAGAACAUCCUGGCACUUCGAAGCAUCCAAGGCAGACAGAGAGAGAAUCCAGGCCAGAGCCUGAACAGACUCUUUCAGGAAGUACCGAAACGAAGAAAUGGGUCUGAAGGUAACAUCACGACCCGGAUCCGAGCAUCUGAGACUGGUUCUGAUGAAGCCAUCAAGUCCAUCCUAGAACAAGCCAAGAGGGAACUCCAAGUGCAGAAAACCGCUGAGCCAGUCCAGGCGUCUUCCACAGCCAGCAGUGGGAACUCCGACGAUGCCAUCCGCUCCAUCCUACAGCAGGCCCGCCGGGAAAUGGAGGCCCAGCAGGCUGCCCUUGACCCCGCCUUAAAGCCAGCACCACUGUCCCAGCCCGACCUCACCAUCCUCAACCCCAAGCUCCUGUCUGCCUCACCCAUGUCUACUGUGUCCACUUACCCCCCUCUUGCCAUCUCCCUGAAGAAAACCCCUGCAGCACCUGAGGCCAGUACCUCAGCCUUGCCCAGUGCCCCAGCCCUCAAAAAAGAGGCUCAGGAUGCACCCACACUGGACCCACCAGGAUCAGCUGAUGCUACCCCGGGGGUACUGAGGCCGGUGAAGAAUGAGCUAGUCCGUGGCAGCACCUGGAAGGAUCCUUGGUGGAACCCUGUACAGCCUGAAAGAAGAAAUCUUACCACUUCCGAAGAGACCAAGGCCGAUGAAACAAAUGCAAGUGGGAAAGAAAAGACAGGCAGCAGCCAACCUCGGGCUGAGCGCAGCCAGCUUCAGGGACCCUCGGCGACAGCAGAGUACUGGAAAGAGUGGCCCAACGCUGAGUCCCCAUACUCCCAGAGCUCAGAGCUGAGCCUCACUGGAGCCAGCCGCAGUGAGACACCCCAGAAUAGCCCACUGCCCUCUUCCCCAAUUGUGCCCAUGGCAAAGCCGGCCAAGCCUUCCGUGCCCCCGCUGACUCCUGAGCAGUAUGAGGUCUACAUGUAUCAGGAAGUGGACACCAUCGAGCUCACUCGGCAGGUCAAAGAGAAGUUGGCCAAAAAUGGCAUUUGCCAGAGGAUCUUUGGGGAGAAGGUACUGGGCCUGUCCCAGGGCAGCGUCAGCGACAUGCUCUCAAGGCCAAAACCAUGGAGCAAACUGACCCAGAAAGGCCGAGAACCCUUCAUCCGGAUGCAGCUCUGGCUGAAUGGAGAGCUGGGCCAAGGUGUUCUGCCUGUGCAAGGGCAACAACAAGGACCAGUCCUUCACUCAGUGACGUCUCUGCAGGACCCCCUCCAGCAGGGCUGUGUGAGUUCAGAAAGCACUCCAAAGACCUCUGCCAGCUGCAGCCCUGCCCCUGAGUCCCCAAUGAGUUCCAGCGAAUCUGUGAAGAGUCUCACUGAGCUGGUCCAACAGCCCUGUCCCACCAUUGAGACCAGUAAAGAAGGCAAACCACCAGAACCCAGUGACCCACCCACCUCAGACUCCCAACCCACAACACCGCUGCCUCUCUCUGGACACUCAGCCCUCAGCAUCCAAGAAUUAGUAGCCAUGUCUCCUGAGCUGGACACCUAUGGCAUAACCAAGAGGGUCAAAGAGGUGCUGACGGACAACAACCUCGGUCAGCGCUUAUUUGGAGAGACCAUUCUGGGGCUCACCCAGGGUUCUGUCUCCGACCUCCUUGCCCGCCCAAAGCCCUGGCAUAAGCUUAGUCUGAAAGGACGGGAGCCCUUUGUCCGCAUGCAGCUAUGGCUCAACGACCCCAACAAUGUGGAGAAGCUGAUGGAUAUGAAGCGGAUGGAGAAGAAAGCCUACAUGAAGAGGCGACACAGCUCUGUCAGUGACAGUCAGCCUUGUGAACCCCCCUCUGUUGGUAUCGACUAUAGCCAGGGUGCCAGCCCCCAGCCACAACACCAGCUGAAGAAACCUCGAGUGGUCCUGGCUCCAGAGGAGAAGGAAGCACUGAAGCGAGCAUAUCAGCAGAAGCCAUACCCAUCACCAAAAACCAUCGAGGAGCUUGCCACACAACUCAACCUGAAGACUAGCACCGUCAUCAACUGGUUCCAUAAUUACAGGUCUCGGAUCCGCAGAGAACUGUUCAUUGAGGAGAUUCAAGCCGGAAGCCAGGGCCAGGCCGGUGCCAGCGACUCACCUUCAGCUCGAAGUAGCCGGGCUGCACCCAGCUCUGAAGGCGACAGUUGUGACGGCGUGGAAGCCGCUGACACCGAGGAGCCAGGUGGCAACAUAGUGGCCACCAAGUCUCAGGGAGGGCCGGCAGAGGUGACCGCAGCCCCGGCAGACCGGGAAGAAGCGACGCAGCCGGCCGAGAAGGCGAAGGCACAGCCACUAUCCUCGGGGACCCCAGGACAAGACGACGGUGAAGACGCAGGCCGGUCUAGGCCACCUCCUGAGGGUCUUGCUGACGCCCCAGCGCCCGUGCCAAACCUCGCCGCACCCGCGGCCGGAGAGGACGCCGCUACCUCAGCCACUGCCCCAGCCAUGGCCACUGAGGCCCCUGGGGCGGCCAGGGCCGGCCCUGCCGAGAGGAGUUCUGCGUUGCCAAGCACCAGCGCGCCUGCCAACGCGCCUGCGCGAAGGCCUAGCUCUCUGCAGAGCCUCUUUGGUCUGCCUGAGGCAGCGGGCGCCCGGGACAACCCGGUGCGGAAGAAGAAGGCCGCGAACUUGAACAGCAUCAUCCACCGCCUGGAGAAGGCUGCCAGCCGGGAGGAGCCCAUUGAAUGGGAGUUCUGAGGGCGCCGGGCCUCUGGGCCUGACCAGCAGGGCCUCGCCGGGCUAGCCAGGCCUACUUGCGCCUAGCAGGUCCCCCAGGCCUAGUCAGCACUGGCUAGUGGUGGGCUGGGGCAGGCGGGUGCGUGGAGGGCUGUGCUGACCCGAGGCCUGGACGUGUUGCGCACUUACCGCCCUGCGGGCCACAGGGCAAAAUCGCCAUAGGCCAAGGUGCAUAUAGAAAACAAAGGAGCAUUAAGCCCAAUCUAUGUUGUGUUUUCAAGGAAGAAAACGGAAAUGUGUAGUCAAGCUUUUUUGUACCCUGAAGUGUUUUUUUUUUUUAAUUGCCCUAAGUGAUUUCCACAGGUUCUGGAAUAACUCUUUACAGCUUUUGCCUUGCGCCCUCCUCUUUCGUGUGGGCUUUAAAAAAAAAAAAAAUCAAACCCACAUAUUAAAAGGGGGCUUUUUAUCUGCCAUCUAAUGGCUUCAGAGCGAUAAUACACUAUUAUCUUCUUAAACCAGGAAGGGGGGGAUUUUUUCAGAAAAAUUAAAAAAGAAAGUUUUUGUAGCUGUUCAGUUGCCACUAAGAGAUUGCACAGUCAAACCGACUCUAAACACACUAGUUUGGAUUCCUAAAUAUUUUCAAGAAAAGAAUCUUCUCGUUUGAAACUUUGAAUUAAAAUAAAACACAUUUACUCCACAUAUUUUUUAACAAAAAAAAGAAAAAAAAAGAAAAGUCACAUCAGGAAAAAUAUCUGAUUUUGUGGUAGCUGACGUAGUGUUUUCUUGUACGUAACUAGAAUCCUGACAUGUAGUGCACAUUGAUCCAUAGCUUUAACUGACUCUGGGCUUUUGCUGGCCAGAGUUUGUUUAAUACACUCCAUUCUAGGCCAAAUCAGGACAAAAAGAAAGAUCCGAAUCUAGGUAUUUUAUAAUCUGCUUUUUAACCUCUAACCGCAGAGCACGCUGAUCAGACCUCAUAUCUCGGAGGUUUAGGAGACAAGUUAGAACUGUAGCAUGUACCGGUUCAUUUUGUUUUAUUUAUGGUGUCUACGUCUGUGUUGGCACAUCUGCGCAUGUGCAAGCGUCGAAAGGAAGGAAAUGUAGGCCGGCAAGGUCACAGCAGUUAGUCCCUCACGUGCAGGCAACAGUCUGCUCAUCUUUCCUUGGCACAGAAGGCACCUCACCUCACGCCACUCUCCAGGGCACCUAACAGACUGAGCCCCCCAGGGGAAGAUGCUCCCUGGGCUUGGGCAGGGCUGGCGCAGCCAUGCGCGCACACACUCUUCCUCUCUCUUCUCAUCCCCUUCCCACCACAAGCACUGAUAACCCUAUCUACUCGUGGGAAGCUUCCUUCCCUGCAGAAGAGAGAACGCUCUAUCCCCAUCCCUGUAGAGCUGGCCCAAACUCACCAAAAUGGUGAUGCUCUUCAAUUCCAGACCGGACCAUUGGCCCUUCAUUCAUUUCUCCUCUCACAAGGUUUUUUUUAUGCACAGUUUAGGGCAAUCUAAGUACAAAUCAAAAGUCUAACUUGUCUCUUGAUUCCUCCCGUUGUCUUUGUGUAUAUGCGUGAGUAUAGAGGUGGAUGAAAGUGUGCGUGCGUGUGCGUGUGCAGUUUUAUACGUCUGUGUAUUUUCUUAAGUACCUGUGCACACAGAGUGCACUACUGCCACCUUUUUCAAUAAGCUGGUUUAUCAGUCAUGGCUUCUACAGGUUUUGCUAAUUUAGACUCCUUAUUGCCAUAUCUUUAAACUAACAAUAGAUGAUUUCGGUAUAUAUCUAUAUUUUUUUUUGCUUAUUUAUAGGUGCUGUAUUUUAUUAUCUGAUUGUUAGGAAGGGAUGAAAGGGGCAAAUAUUCUUUAGAGGGAUAGACUGCCGGCAGUAUUGGGUAUAAUUUACAAGAUGUAGCUGUCAUACUGUAUAUUACUGAUUGAAAACUUUUUGACCGUAUUGUGUAUCAUUGAAACUUUUGUCUUAGGUCAACAUCUUUGGAUGACAUUUUAAUGGUGCAUUCAUUAUUUCUUAAGUUUAAUUAAUUAAUAGUACUUUUUUUUAUUUGGGAGGGUGGGAGGGAGUUCUAAUUUUAAAGGCAUCUCCCGCUAGUACACCUCAGCGUGCUUGUUAUUUUUUAGCUUGUAGGCUUUGACUGUCAGACGUGAACCCCAUUUCUUGCAUGAUGUUUGGAGCUUAUGUAUUUUCAUUCACAGUCUUUCAACCUGCAGCUGCAAGCCCUUAGUUGGAGCUUUCACAACUGUAAGAGUCGCGACACUAAAGACAAUGCCUUUCAUGAAUGAGAAGUUCCCAGGAGGCUCUAGGAGGCUGGGAGGCAGGCCCCUGCUCUGUCCUUGGAUGGUUGUAUCACUUCUGAGCUUGAGAUGAGAGUUCACAGUGGAGGAACAGGAGGGAAAACAGGCCCACCUGGCUCUGUGCUGAGUGAGGAAGAGCCCUGCACACCAGGGGCAUUAGGGACAUGGAGGAGCAGGGUCACUCCACAGAAACCUCAAGGGAGCCUGUCGUCGUGGGUGAUGGAUCUUAAAUUCCUAACUCUCACUAGAGUGAGAAGCAGAGUUAACAGGACCGAGGAGGGUAGUGUGUAAGUUUUAAAGGCAUGUCUGUUACUUAACAAAUCUGAGGAAAUGGAAGUCGAGGGUUUUUUUCCAUCCUGGCAGCCACAAGGUAGCAGUGUAAGACAGCCUUUGACUCUUCCAAGCAAGUUGGUCAUUUUCGUUCCUUUAAUUUUUGAACUAGGUUCUUGUCGAUGUCCAUCCCGUCUCCUGUGCCAGACUCCAUCUGGGUGCUUGUUACAGUCACUUGGUUAGGUUUUUGCUUGAGUUCUGUAUUUGUAUUUUCUUAUUUAUUAUUAUUGUUAUUAUUAUUAUUAUUUUAAUUGAGAUCCCAACUUGAUGGUGUUUGGGGUUAAGCUAGCACUGUCUGCAGUUUUGCUAAGAGUUGCCAGUAGACAGCACAGAGACCUGGGGUUCCAUCUCCCUCCUCAAGUCCUCCCUCCCUUCCCAGUGUGAGUCCAAGGGUUCAUCUUUCAUCUUGAAAAGCAAUAUUCAAGUGCCUUGAACAGCGCUCCCUCGUGUGGUGACCUUCCGCUGGCUGGAGACCCAAACAGUAGCUCCCACAAGCAGCCACCUAUCCUCUUCAUACUCUCAGCUUAAAAAGCUGAAUUGUACUCCUCCCCCAGAGGGAAAAAAUGAUUCCACAUAAAACACUAACACUUCAUCACAGGCCACUGUUCCAUUUCAAAUGCUGUUUUCUUAAUUGGAGGCAGUAAUCCUAACUAGGUCUCACGCCAUUGCCCAGUUGGCUAAGUGGGAGCCCACCAUGAAAUCGAUGCUCACAUCAACCCCCUUGACACCUCUUGCUUCAUGCCAAGUCCCCUUACGGCCUCUGAAGUGGCAGGAAUAUGGGUUCUUAGACGCCCGCCCACUCACUUCCACUCUGACCUGGCUCCCAUUCACCAUCUCCUCGAAACAUUAGUCAGUUGAGAUGUCUGACCACUGUAUAUUAGGCUUCUCUCUUAAAAAAAUAAAAUUUAAAAAUGCAGGCACAUAGCUGAAGUUCAUAUCUUCCUAGCUAGCCACCUUGAAAGUGCUUAUGACUGUAUCCCGGCUUUGAAUCAGGGCAGACUCCAGGGGCUGUAGUGCUAGGUAUUCAGCCACACUGAAAAUGAGGCCGGAAGAUAGCUGUCAACCUUCGAGGACAGAUGCUUCUGCUCAGUGUCUGUCUCUUUGGUAAGCUUCCCUCUGAUGGGCAUCUCUCUUCUUGUUUAAAGUCAGAUCUGGUAGAUGGCCCAGAACAUAGCAGGGCUGUGAGCUGAGUGACUCUGAAUGCUUGUGGCCAAUAGAGUCCCUGACCGUUGCCACGCCAUAGACCUACAUAGCCCAUCUGCCUCUACAGCCAGGGCCAAAUUCAACUGUGGAGCCUAUGAGGAAGCUUAGCAGGAAGCAGCUUGUAUCCAAUGCAAAAGGGGUGCACUCUUGGCAUCAACUAAGCACCCCAAGGUUGUGUAGCUGUGAAAGCCCCAGAGGUGGGGAGUCAGAGUACAGAUAACCAGCAUCAGAGAUGCCCUCCCUUGCCAUAGCAAGACUUUGUCUCUUCGGAGCUGCAGGCUCUUGAACAGCAAGGCUCAGUGGAUUCUAGGCACCUUGGAAUGGUUUGGUUCCUGUCACAUGCUCCUGCUUUCCACCUGCUGCCCUGGACUGCAGUCAUUCCAGUCAGACCCCUGAGGCUGUGAGCCAUCCUUGCAGAGGUCAGGGAGCACAUGGAUGCAGUGGAAGGCUCUUGGCUGUGUUCCUCCUGUCCUUCAAUGUCUCCCCUUUCUGUCUCUUCUACCUCACCACUUGAUGUCACUCAGAGUUGUGAAGCAAGUGGCCUGGGGGAGGGGGGUGCUUAAGAGGCUGCAAGUUUGAUAGCUCAUCUCGAUUGGCAGGUGUGCUUUCUGCCUCCUUCAGUGAGCACAUCCUCAAGUGCUGUCUGGAGUCUGCUAAGCACAGGGAUUUUCCUCUUGGCUUCCAGCUGUUCUUGAAAUUCCGGCAGUUGUUGGGUCUGUAGGCAGGAGUGGUCUCCAACCUCAGAAAUUCUUGUCUUUUGCUCGGCCUUCCCACACAGCUGUCAGACUCCAUCACAGCCAUUUCUUCAGCCCUGGGUUAUCCCCAAACAAUAUGAGCACACUUCCCCAGGAACUGUGGCUGUCCGUGUCUCUAGACCUUACCAUGAGCUCUGCUUUACAAACAGCUGUCUCCAGGACAGAAAGGGUCAGACAGUUUUCUACCCCACCAUGCAUUUGUGAUCCCAAAAGAACAUGCCAGUUUCUGUUCCCUGUGGGAGGAAAGCAGCUCCCAAGACAGCCGGUGGACCUGGGUCAUACCUGCUCUGAUGACCAGAGCGUGUACCUGUAGGCAUAGGGAACUAUGUUUUAUUUUGUUGUUCCCAUCAUGAAUGUUAAAUUCACCAGACGCAGCUGCUGCUGCAGUUUCUCUGGGACUUAACUGAAUCAGGAGAAGGCUUUAUGGCCACUUUGGCCCAGGAGGCCUGAGACUCUAAGUGACUUGGUUCCAUCUCCCAGAGGUGCUACCCACCAGUCUGACCAGUAAACUUGCAUGCUAAGAGAAUGGGCUGAUGAGAAAUUUUCAUUCUUGUCACUUCUGCCAGUGCUUUUCAGAUGGAAACUACCAGGAAAGUCAGAGUAGGGACAAGCUUCUCAGUAAAGGAUACAGUUCCAGCCAGUGGAAGAGACAGUUUAGGAACAGCAAAGGAAAAGCCAGGAUUCCCCGUGUACCACUUGAGGACCUGCUUCUUCACCAAACCCCAUCCCACUCCUGUGCCCCCCACUACUCCUCUCCUGCCCCCUUCCCUCCAAAGAGUCCACAGCCACAUCUUCAGUGGCAUAUCGAGUUUUCAUUUUUGGACAAAGUGACAUUUAGCUUUAACAAGACAUUUCCAAAGCUCCUGGUCUCCUUUGAAAUGCUGACUUUAAAAGUUCAGCAUUGUUGCCAAGGAUGCGGGGGAGGGGCUAAUGAAAGAAAGACUUAGAUUAUGCAUGAAUGUGCACGCCCCGUCCCUCAGUUAUUCAAAUUUCAAAUGCCUUUGAGUUGCUUUUCAUAGAUGGGUUUAGUUUGCUCAUGUUAAGUAGUCUGUUACUGUAAUUUUUGUAGUAUUCUGGCUUUAAUUUCUACCACAAAUAUGCUAUGUACUAAGCUUUCUGUGAUCAGAAAGGAAAGGUGCCUUAAAUCCCAAUACCACGCCUCUAUCCCUAUGGAAAAUAUAUCAGAAGCACAGUGCCAGGAAGCAUUGGGACUUCCGUUGGCAAAAUAGGACACCAUUCAGCAAGACACAUCCAAGUGGCACGGGGCUGCUUUUGUUUGCUAAUUCCUUUUUUUUCUCCCAACCUAUAAUUAUCUUUUGUUUGUUGUUUAUUUUAUUUUUUUUUAUAGUUCGCUUUAAACAGGAAGCACUUAAUAGAUGGCUCUGUGUCAAAGCUCUGUGCAAUGGAAAUCAUGUUGCUUUUGUUUGGGGGGUUUGUUUUGUUUUUCUUUUCUUGUUUUAAAAAGAUAGCGUUAUUGCACACCAAAUGAACUCCUAAGUAAGCUUUAGAACCAGGAUCGAUUCAGGUCGUGGAUGGGUAUGUUCACUGUAGUUCUGUGUGUUCAUGAACCGACGGGCAAGCUGGCCUCCCUUGGCCACUGAGGCUCAGCCCUGAGCCCUGGGUCAUGGCUGCCUGGGUCCCAACGGGGAACCUUCCCGGAUGUCUGACCCCACAGUCGACCCUUGAAGCACUUAACCCUCUCUUUGUGGAGAUAGACCGACUGCUACUGAUCUGUCAGCGUACUCGAGGGUGAUUAUAAAAGGAUGUUUCUUUAAGAAAGAAAAGAUAUUUCUAUCCUCUUCUAAUUUAUUAUUAGGUUAAUCAUUUAAGUACUUAUCAGGAGUGUGUUGUCAUUUUGUGUUGUUGUUGCCAAUGCUUUUGCUGUCACUCCAGUGGUUAACUGUCCCUUGCUCCCCACCUCUCUCCUCCCCAUCCCAGAGUCCAAAGAGGUCUGGGCCCAGCAGUGGGAGACAUGAGGGACAGAAGGGAGUCCUCCAGCACAAUCAGACACCUGUCUCCCUAGUACCACUCAAAACCUGGCGGUCUCUACAUAUCUUAACUGUUCAAUCGAGAGAGUUGACAAACAAAGCUACCCACGUCAGGCAGCACUGGGGGGAGGCUUGCUCCCAGAGGCGCUGCAAUGCAGUGAGAAAAACAGAAAAGCCAAGUUCAAGUUCCCCCAAAGCCUCCUAGAGCCUCUGUUAAAACUUCUGGGUUCAUGAAUGUUUGACGAGCCUGGAUCAGAAGAGAGGCAGGCAGUCAGGCCGUCACCCUGAACUGGAAGGUGGUUUCUCAGUGGUCCCCACAGGUGACCACGGCAUUGAUUUUCACUGUCAGUUGUCUUUCCUUGCAUUCAAAGUUAGCCAAAAGCAUCUUUUGAGGCAACAGGUAUUUCCUAGCACUGGAGGUGGCUAGAGGGCCCUCACCUGGAGCCUGGGUUGAGAGAAACCUCCAUCCUCCCAUAUCAGGAGAAGUGGAGAAAGGACUUUCCAUGGCUGGAAAUUCCGCCAGCAACAAGCCCCCGUUGCUUGCUCAGUGGAGGGUAGGGGAUGUGAGACUGACCUCUACCUGGGUGGGGGGGGGCAAACUUAAAAAAGAGGCUCACCCCAGGGACAGGUGAAGGGCCUGCUCACUGCUAGGCAGGGCAGGAUACCUGCUUCUACCCUAACGGUCCACUGAGCCCAAAUCCAAAUUUCUUUCUGUAUCUUAUCUUUCCCAUUCUUUGAAAUCUGGGGGGCAGGUCCUACUCAUCUCUUUGGGGGUAAAAUAUCUCCCAUAAAAUUGCCCCAAUCCCCCCAAGGGUUUUUAUUUUUCUUAGUCUAUGCAUUUCUCUCUCUGAAUCUCUCUAAUUCUCUCCUCCCACCCCAAACACACAAAAUAGACAUCUCAUGUCCCACCCUCUGAGACCACCCCUGCCUCAGAAAAAUGCCGGACAUUUUGAAGACAUGAGAAUGCAUUUAAAAAAAAAAAAAAAAGCCUUCAAGCAUUUUGAAAAUAGCUUGUCAUAAGCUGACAGUGGGGAGGAAUCAGCUCCAUGAUUUUCCUGAGUCCCUUCCCAUAGGACAAGAGACCUAGCUCUUUGCGUUUGUGCAAUAACUACUUGCUAGGAGAGCGGGUAGCACCACCCUCCUCUAGACUACUAACACAGCACAAGACACACGUCAGCCCUUCCUAAGCCCCUCCCCCAUCAUGUGUUACAUUUUAGCAGUAUUUACUUUUUUUUUCUGUCAGGCACUAAGUCUUAGGUGUUUAUAGAGCUUGUGUGUUAAUACAAUCACGGAUCUUAUCAUUUUAUUUUAAUCCUCACCAAGACCCAAUUGACCAAAAAGAAGCAAGAGGAAGAAAAAGAAAUUGUAAAAGAUGUCUCUCUCCUUUUUUUUUUUUUUUUUUUUUGUACAAGUAGCUUUGAGAAGCCUUGUGUUGCUGUGACCAUCUCCUAUCACAGUCUUGAUUUUCUUGUGAUUUGUUUUUGGCAUUUAAGAGUUGGUCCCGGCUGGCGUGGGGGUGGGGGUGGGGGAGGCACCCGUCGGCCCCUCAGCGCCGUCCCUUGUCUUUGGUUAGCCAUACGAAAUGUUUGUUCUCUGCACUGUCCCACGGUCCCUAUUAUGAUACGGAGAAGCAAUAUCACCGAAGCUCACACCAUGUAUUAUUCCUCACUAGCACCCUAGGUGUGAUCAUUGAAGUAAAUAUCUUUUAUACAAACACAA